CCGUCGCGCCCCGCCCGGCGCGGCCCGAACGCGCGCACUGGAAGUGUGCAGGCGCCUCCGGGUGGCAGAGGCGGGAGACAGCCGGAGAGCCGGUAGGGGGCUUCGAGAAGGAAGCCACGGCAGCGCCCCCAUCCGGUUUUGGAACCACCAGGAGGAAGUGGGCCAUUCAACCUCUCGUUGCCACAAUGCUGGCCACCCGCCUCUCCAGACCCCUGUCACAGCUGCCCGGAAAAACCCUAAGUGUCUGUGAUAGAGAAAAUGGAGCAAGACGCCCACUGUUGUUUUGCUCUGCCUCCUUUAGCCCAGUGAGCCGGACAUAUGCUGGUGAGGUGGACCCGGUUGGCAGCAAAGCUGUCCUGGUCACAGGCUGCGACUCUGGAUUUGGGUUCUCCUUGGCCAAACACCUGCAUUCAAAAGGCUUCCUUGUGUUUGCUGGCUGCUUGAUGAAGGACAAAGGGCAUGAUGGGGUCAAGCAGCUGGACAGCUUGAACAGUGACCGCCUGAGAACUGUCCAGCUCAAUGUCUGCAGCAGCGAGGAGGUGGACAAAGUGGUGGAGCUUGUCCGCUCGAGCCUGAAGGACCCUGAGAAAGGGAUGUGGGGCCUAGUUAACAACGCGGGCAUCUCAACAUUCGGGGAGGUGGAGUUCACCAGCAUGGAGACAUACAAGGAGGUGGCAGAAGUGAACCUCUGGGGCACAGUGCGGACAACGAAAUCCUUUCUGCCCCUCAUCCGAAGGGCCAAAGGCCGCGUCGUCAACAUCAGCAGCAUGCUGGGCCGCAUGGCCAACCCCGCCCGCUCCCCAUACUGCAUCACCAAGUUUGGGAUAGAGGCUUUCUCUGACUGCCUGCGCUACGAGAUGCACCCGUUGGGUGUGAAGGUCAGUGUGGUGGAGCCUGGCAACUUCAUCGUUGCCACCAGCCUCUACAGCCCUGAGAGCAUCCAGGCCACUGCCAAGAAGAUGUGGGAUGAGCUGCCUGAGGUCGUGCGCAAGGACUACGGCAAGAAGUACUUUGAUGAGAAGAUUGCCAAGAUGGCGACCUACUGCAACAGUGGUUCCAGGGACACGUCCCCUGUCAUUCAUGCUGUCACACACGCCCUGACCGCCGCCACCCCCUACACCCGCUACCACCCCAUGGACUACUACUGGUGGCUGCGAAUGCAGAUCAUGACCCACUUGCCUGGAGCAAUCUCCGACAUGAUCUACAUACACUGACAGUUUCACUGGGGCCGCUCUGGGGGAGCCCCGGUGGGAGGGAGGGCGGAAGAGAGAAGCUCAUAUGGUGAGCCCCACCUGAUUAUUCACUCGUGCAUUAUCACUGCCCCAAGGGAGCCCAUUACUAGUUCUAGCGUUAACCAGAGGGAAUAACCCCGCCUGACUUGUUUGCCUUCACAGACAGGGUGUAUACCGGCAGGCAGGGGCCCCUAAACCUCAGGGCAAACAUGGUGCAUCCGUCUGCCUGGAAUUGAUUUCCUACAAAGACUUUGGGAAAACAUCUUUAUAUUAAAAACAGAUUUAUUAUA